UGCCUCUGUGUCAGUCAGCGCAGUAUUUCUGAGUUAUUUAUUUUGGUAGGAACCAAAGUUCUCUAAGGCGGAACCUUUGUUUUUGUAUCGCCCGUUUCCGUCAGGACAUACUUUAGCGUAACACUCAUCAAAAAAGUCCGCUGAUUUAGUCCAUGUUUUUCAGUGCUGAUGCAUCUGCAAAAUAGCUCUUAGCAUCAAGAUAAACAAUCCUACAGAGUAAUGCCAAGCUACACAACUUUCCUCAUGCAAUGCAGCUACUAAGUUUUCACGGUCUGGAUGAACCAAAUAAAUCCUGCCAGUAAACAAAAAGGAAACUCGUUGCUGUCGUUUGUACUGAGGGAAUUACAGUGAAAACUUACCUGCUCACGAAGACAGCACCAAAGAGCAGUGAAUGACAACAGUAAGGCAAGUAAGAUGUCCCGAAAUGGCGAAGAGCACACAAUUGCAGAUGUACAUUUCCCAGACAUGGAGUCACACGCACCUGACAAGACAGAGUGUGUGCACGAGCACAGCUCAACCGUGCAGCCACAAGCGACUGAAGGCAUCAUAGUGGACAACCCCGCUUCCUCAGAAGAGCCACCAUUAGGCCAAAGAGUCCGCAGAAUGACGGAAAAGGGUCAAGAACAGCAUGAUGAGCAAGUAAUAAAGGUUGCACAUCGGUUCAGUGUGUGCUAUGAGAAGUGGAAGGAUGCCACUAAAGAAGCCAACCAAGCGCUGAGUGGAAAGUGCUCAGACGACCUGCUAGAUGGACAAAUUACUAAAGUACGCAAUACCUCUAGGAGUCUAAAUGACGUUUAUGACGAUUGGAAACGCCUUGAGGUUCCUGACCUUAACACACGUCGCAAAAUCGACACCUGUGAAACAGUAACAAAGAAGAUGGUUAAGGAUGCAAUGGACCUUAUAGAUGCAAGGGAGGAAGCUACAGCCCAUAGGCAUACUACAAGUCAAAGACAUGAAGAACAUCGAGUCAUUGAAGAGGUAAUGUCUGUAGCCUCAGGAAGGACAGGCACUAGCUCUCGCCACACUAAGUGCUCCUCUGCAAGCAGGAAGAGUGCAGCUGCUGAGGUUGCUGCCAACAAAGCCACCUUAGAAGUACAGCUGGAGCAAGAGCAUUAUAUUAAAGAGCUUCAGAGACUGGAAGAUGAAGCCGCUCAGCUAAUUGCCAAACAAGAGGCUGAAAAUGCAGAGAGACAAAGAGUGCUAGAAGCCAAGCGCAGAGAACUAGAUCGAUUGGAGACUAUUAAGAAGCUAAAGGCUGCCGAGGCACGACAGCAAGUAUAUGACCAGAGUAUACAUUCAUGUCCGGCAACUAAGGGCGACGGCUCAGAUGAAGAAAUAAAUUAUCUUCUCCAUUGUGUCUCUGUGAAGAAAGAAGAAGUCAAGCCUCAAACUAGCCCACUGCGGCACCAUUCUACACCACCAGCUGUAGCACAAGCAAGGCAAGAAAACAAAUAUGAAGAUGGCACAACAGCUCUCGUCAAAGCGCUCGCAGAAGCCAUCAGUGCGAGUCGCAUUCCUCUACCUGAACCUACAGUGUUCAGUGGUGACCCACUCCGAUUCAACGACUGGAAAGUGUCCUUUCAGACGCUCGUUGACAGGAAGAACAUACCAGCUGAAGAGAAGAUAUAUUAUCUACGCAAGUAUGUGGGUGGAUCUGCUAAAAGGGCCAUAGAGAGCUACUUUUUACUUGGCACAGAGCCAGCAUAUUAUGCAGCAUGGGACAUCCUAGAAGAGCGAUACGGCAAUCCAUUCCUCAUCGCCAAGGCCUUCAGAGAGAAGCUCGACGCGUGGCCCAAGAUAAGCUCCAAAGGCAGUAUGGAACUUCAAGAACUCGCCGACUUCCUGCGCUGCUGUGAGGCAGCCAUGUCUCAGAUCAGAGGUCUUGAAAUACUUAAUGAUUGCAACGAGAACCAGAAAAUUCUCUCUAAACUCCCAGACUGGGUGACUUCAAGGUGGAAUAGGAAAGUCAUAGAAGCAGAAGAAGACACUCACAUGUUCCCGAGCUUCAGCCAGUUUGUCAAGUUUCUCACACGUGAAGCUAAAAUCGCUUGCAGCCCAAUAACAUCUCUUCAUGCUCUUAAGCCAAGUGAAAGGAUUCCAGACAAGUGUGUAAAGAGCGGAGGUCCUGGAGCAAAGGUGUUAGCAACCACCUCAGAUGAGAAAGCCGUCGUCACAAGCUGUGUCUUCUGUGAGAAGGCAGGACACAGUCUACAAAGGUGUUACAAGUUUAUGCAAGGGACAAUCUUGGAGCGAAUCAAGUUUGUUCAAGAAAAUAAAUUGUGUUUUGGCUGUCUCAAAUUUGGCCACCGAUCUAGAGAUUGUAGAGAAAGAGACGGCUGCGACACCUGUGAGAGAAGACACCCAACUUGUCUUCAUGACGAUCGCACCAAGGAAGAAAGGAUGUCUACAAGAUCUGACAGAGCAAGGUACAGUGACAAAGACAAAGAAGAGUACAAAGAAAGGAAGAAUGAACAGUCACAAGACCAGUCAGAGAGACCAUCACGUGAGGCGACGGCACUUAGAGUAAUCCAGAAUGUUGGAGACACGCAUACCUCCACAAUAAUUCCAGUGUGGGUGUCAUCUACAAGUGUUCCAAGUCGUGAAGUUCUGGUGUACGCACUCCUUGAUACACAAAGUGACACAACCUUUAUCCUCGACGAGACAGCGAAGGCUCUCAAUACUAGGAGUGAACCAGUUCAGCUAAACCUCUCCACGUUGGCUUCAAGAAACACAAUCGUGUCCUGUCGGAAGCUAGCUGGUCUACAAGUUAGAGGUUUUUAUUCAGACAAGAUAAUCACUCUUCCAGUGACUUACUCAAGAGAGUUUAUCCCUGCAAACAGAGACCAUAUUCCCACACCAGAUACGGCGAAAGCAUGGCCUCAUCUUGAACACAUUGCAGAUGAGAUCGCUCCUCAGCAAAGCUGUGAUGUCGGCCUGUUAAUUGGCUACAACUGUGCCCAAGCCCUCGUUCCAAGACAAGUGGUGCCUGGUGAGGAACACCAGCCGUUUGCACAAAAGACAGACUUGGGCUGGAGUGUAGUGGGAUAUGGCAACCCGUGUCUCAACUAUGGAGAUGCAAUUGGAAUAAGUCACCAAGUCAUGGUGAAGCAAGUGAUGCCAGGUCUACCGUCCUCUUCAGACCUCACAAAGGAAGUGCACUAUGUCUGUAGGACACAGAUCAAAGAAGUUCUCUUACCUGCAGAUGUCAUCAAGAUGCUGGAGUCUGACUUCGUUGAAAGAGAGUCGGAAACCAGCCCCAUCUCUCAAGAAGAUAUAAGGUUCCUGGCAAAAAUGGAAAAGAGCAUCAAGUUAAAGAGCGACGGUCAUUACGAAAUGCCGCUGCCAUUCAAGAAAGAAAGACCUAACUUACCUGAUAAUAAGAUCUGGGCUAUCCAUCGUCUCAGGUGCCUAGAAAGAAGGCUGAGAAGAAACGACCAGUACUACAAAGACUACAAGACCUUCAUGGAUGAGACCAUAAGACGCGGAGAUGCAGAAAGGGUCCCGGAGGAAGACAUCCACAAAGCUCCAGCUUGGUACAUUCCGCAUCAUGGGGUGUAUCAUCCACAAAAGCCUGGGAAGAUACGCGUUGUCUUCGAUUGCUCCGCCAAGUACCAAGGAACGUCCUUGAACGACCACCUCCUGACGGGUCCUGAGUUGACAAACACCUUGGUGGGAGUUCUGUAUCGCUUCCGAAGAGGUCCUGUGGCAAAUCGUGUGGAACGCAUCAAGCAAAGCACAGAGUCUACACAAUGGAAGUAUGUGGCUUCAGAAGAUAAUCCAGCAGACUACGCCUCAAGAGGUCUCACAGCAGAGCAACUGGUAUCCUCUAACUGGUUCACAGGCCCAGACUUUCUUUGGCAGAAGGAGUUACCAAGUGGAGAUGUCAAGGUGUGAGAGAUCACAUAUGACGAUCCUGAGCUUAAGAAGGUCCAGGUUCUCGACACCCAGGCGAAAGAAGUCAAGUCGCUGCUAGAUCGCCUACACAAGUUUUCAGACUGGUCCAAAAUGGUGAAAGCUAUCGCCAGACUCCAGCGCCAUGUGAAAGAAAUUAAAGGGCUUCAGCCAAAGUCCUGUGAAGCCUGCAGUUUGGAGGAAAGGAGAGAAGCGGAGUUGACAAUAAUCAAGAUGGUUCAAGAAGCAACCUUCUCACAAGAUAUACAGUUACUCCAAAGUGACAAGGAGACGCCAGUCAAGGGCAAAGCCAAUAAGUUGCACCGGUUAAGUCCAUUCCUGGAUGACCAAGGUGUCCUCAGAGUUGGAGGCCGCUUAACUCAUGCUGCCCUACAUCCACAGGUGAAGCAUCCAGCGGUCCUUCCAAAGGACAGUCAUGUGUCAAAUUUACUUGUCAAGCACUAUCAUGAAAGAGUGUACCAUCAAGGACGAGGAAUGACCAUGAAUGCGCUCCGAUCUAAUGGCAUAUGGAUACUGGGCUGCAGCAAGGCUGUAUCAUCCCAUAUCUACAAGUGCACUAAGUGCAGGAAGUUCAGAAGAUGCACUGAACAGCAGAAAAUGUCAGACCUUCCAGAGGACAGAAUGGAAACAGCUCCUCCAUUCACCUACUGCGGUAUGGACUGUUUUGGACCAUUCUACGUAAAGGAAGGAAGGAAAGAGCUAAAGCGUUAUGGAUUGUUACUUACCUGCAUGUGUUCCAGAGCGGUUCACGUUGAGAUGCUUGACAAUAUGACCACGGAUGCCUUCAUUAACGCAUUGCGUUCAUUCAUCGCCAUUCGUGGAAAGGUACGUCAGAUAAGAAGUGAUCAAGGAACAAACUUCGUCGGAGCAAGACGAGAGUUUGCUGAAGCAUUGAAAGAAAUGGAUCAGGAAGAGCUCAAGCAGCUUGGAUGUGAGCUCAUCAUGAACACCCCAGCUUCAAGUCAUAUGGGUGGCGUCUGGGAAAGACAAAUUCGCACCAUAAGAAGUGUCUUGACGUCCAUUCUAGAACAGUCAGCUACGCAGCUUGACUGCUCCUCACUAAGAACGUUCCUGUAUGAAGUCAUGGCAAUAGUGAACAGUAGACCUCUGAGCACUGAUUGUCGAAAUGAUUCAUCCAGUCCAGAGCCCCUGACACCAAACCACAUUUUGACCAUGAAGUCCACGAUACUCGCUCCACCUCCUGGGAAGUUCGUCAAGGAAGAUCUAUACCUACGCAAGAGAUGGCGUCGAGUUCAAUUCUUAUCCAACCACUUUUGGACAAGAUGGAAGAAGGAGUACCUCCUGAGCCUCCAACAGAGACAGAAGUGGACCAAAGAUCGCAGGAAUGCAAAGGUCGGCGAUGUUGUACUCCUGCAAGAUGAUACUACACCACGUAACCAGUGGAGGAUGGCAAAGGUUAUCGAAGUGUACCCAGGAAAGGAUGGGAAGGUGCGAAGACUCAAGUUGCUCAUCAGCGACUCAACCCUUGAUGAGAAGGGAAAGCGUAUCUCCAAACCUGUCCACCUGGAAAGGCCCAUCCAUAAGACGGUGACGCUGAUGGAAGCAGACUGAAGACUCCGACCUCUCUCUUUCUUUUCCUCCCCUCUCUCUCUCUAUCUGUCUCACUACAGGUGCAGUCAUGGUGAUCGUUCUCUGGGGAAGCCAAGGACUGAAGUUUAGUUUUUUUGUUUAUCCUUUCUACGCAGUAUGUUGUCUCUCAAUAGUUGAAGAAAAUCAUAUACAUGUGAUAUGUUUUGGUGGGAGUGUAACUGCCUCUGUGUCAGUCAGCGCAGUAUUUCUGAGUUAUUUAUUUUGGUAGGAACCAAAGUUCUCUAAGGCGGAACCUUUGUUUUUGUAUCGCCCGUUUCCGUCAGGACAUACUUUAGCGUAACACUCAUCAAAAAAGUCCGCUGAUUUAGUACAUGUUUUUCAGUGCUGAUGCAUCUGCAAAAUAGCUCUUAGCAUCAAGAUAAACAAUCCUACAGAGUAAUGCCAAGCUACACAACUUUCCUCAUGCAAUGCAGCUACUAAGGUAUGUUUUGCUGACGUUUUUUGUGUGUGUUUUCUGUUCUUGUUUGUAUUAAAUUGUUUUUAUACAGCUAAGGGCUAACACCGUUAAGGGCUAACACAUGUUGGGCUUAGUUAGAUUGGUCUUUGUGUUUUGUUGUAUUAUAUGUAACCAAAGUGUAUUGUGUAUACAGUAGCCUAAUUGAAAGUGACGACAUUACCAGGACAAUGUUGGGAUAUUACUGUAUGGCUUGUUAUUAUUUUGACUAGUGAUUAUUGUAUUUGUGUAUUAUGUUUUUUGAUUACAGUUUUCACGGUCUGGAUGAACCAAAUAAAUCCUGCCAGUAAACAAAAA